AUAAUGAUUUAGUUUAUCUGCAAUUCAUGUAGGGGCUUUGUCACGUUCACGCCGACAUUUACUGUCGCUUUCGUUGGUAUGAGACACCGAUGAAAGCGGAGAGGACAGGAUGCCCGCCAGCGGCGCCGACUCGCUGAAACCCAGCGCCUUCAUCCCGGUGUGCACGGCCGCCUGCCUCCUGGUCGGUUCUACCUCCCUGUUCUUCGUCUUCACAUGCCCAUGGCUGGCUGUGACCAUCUGCCCUGCUGUGCCACCAUGCUGUGCCAUCCUUUUCCUAUUUGUGCUUGCCAACUUCACCAUGGCAACCUUUAUGGAUGCUGGUGUUCUCCCUGUGGCUAGUGAGGAUGAAGACAAGGACGAUGAAUUCCGUGCUCCGCUGUACAAAAACGUGGAUGUAAAAGGUGUCCAGGUCCGCAUGAAGUGGUGUGCAUCGUGUCAUUUCUACAGACCUCCACGCUGUUCCCACUGCAGUGUUUGUGAUCACUGUGUGGAGGAUUUUGACCAUCACUGUCCCUGGGUGAACAACUGCAUCGGAAGGCGAAACUACCGCUACUUCUUUCUGUUUCUGUUGUCUCUUACCUUUCACAUGAUUGCUGUCUUCACAUUUGGCCUCAUAUAUGUUCUGCACCACAUGGAUGAAUUAUGGAAGCUGCACUUCACCGUUACUUUGGUAGUGAUCAGUAUUUCAGGCUUGUUUCUUAUCCCCGUCCUGGGACUUACUGGGUUCCACUUGUAUCUCGUGUCCAGAGGUCGCACCACUAAUGAACAAGUAACUGGAAAGUUUCAAGGAGGAGUGAACCCUUUUACACGAGGUUGUUGUAGCAACAUGGAGUAUCUGGUUUGCAGUCCAAUUUCCCCAAAUUACACAGGAAGACCCUGCAAGAAAACAGCCAUCCAUGUCCAGCCUCCAUUUCUAAAGCCAGAACUUGAGCUACAGAUGCCAGUGAAAGUCGGGGACAACGGGCUACAUAGUCUAGUUAUCCCAAAAAAACAAUCCUCGGCUGGAGCCGUCGAACUGUCAGAUAUAAAAGCUCCACCACCACUGCCUCCAAAACCAGAACGUGGGCUGCUGAAAAGCCAAGUUGCUGUCAUGGAUGAUAUGGGACAUCACACCAAAUCCAUUAUUCCUGUAUCUAUUCCCACUGUGCCACAGCUACGGCCGGUUCUGGAGGCCAUAUCCAGAGGAUCAUCACCCAUUCCACCAGAGCAGUUGCUGAAGACAUCAGAGCAGCAAGGGAACAACAAAGGUCCUGACCUCUGCUCAGAGUCCAGAGAAAGCCCUGCGAGAGGGAGCCAUCAGGCUAACAUUACUGUCCAAGCUUCCCUCCAGCCAAGCAUACUCUCUAGCUCACUGCAGAUCAACUCUCUGACUCUCAACUCCCGUUCUCUCACCUUGAAACACAGCAGUCGUCAUGGCAGCAAAUCCCAAAUGCCUGUCAUGCACACUGAUGGGUUGGGAUCCAAUCCCCCUGGAGGGAUCCUCUCCUCUGGUCUGCUGACCAACCACAGCAGCAGCAGCAAUGGCUGUCCCUCCUAUGAUAACCUCAUCAACCCUGCAGACCCACAGUUCAUGACUCACAGGGGGCCCCCUUCAGUGAGUUACCACCCUCACUUUAUGGCAUUGAGUGCAGAUGGGACUGUGCAGCGUCCCUCUCCUCACGCCUACAGUCCUGUGUUUAUGGGUGUCACCAGACAGUCUCCUCAGCCUCGAGACUCCUCACCAUCUCUGCAGGGUCUCACUUCAAGGGAUCCCUCACCCUCUUUCCAAGGUUUAAUUCAACGGGACCCUUCUCCUGCUUUUCAAGGACUGAUCCCAAGAGACCUUCAAACCCAAAGCAUAGCAACCCGAGACAUUCCCCCUCCAGUCGUGAUGAUUCGAGAUAUGCCUUCUCAAAGUCUUAGAGACAGCCUCCGAGAUUUUGUUCCACAGGACACAACACUUCCAAAGUCUGCUGCUGCACGCUAUGACAACUUUUCAAAAACCAUCAUGGCAUCAAUCCACGAGAGACGGGAGCUGGAGGAAAGGGAUAGGAUGCUCCGUAUCCAACCCAGAUCUCAUGCGCUCUAUGGCCCAGAUAUGGGGAUUUAUGACAUCCCCAGCAGGAGGAGCCUGCCACCAGACAACAUUCGGCCUCAAGGCUCCCGUGGACCGACUCCCCCAGCGUAUGGUUCUAGGGAAUUUCUGAUGAGCACAGGCCUUCUAGGUUACGGCAUGAGGACCUCACCUCUUUCCAGCUCCUCCACAUCAUCUCUGACUCGUGGUCCGAAAACCUCCAGCUCUCCUCUGCAAAGCAGCAGCAGCAGCCUGCAAAGCAAAGGCAGGUCUUCGUCCCCAGCCUAUGGCCCUACUGAGAGGCAGACCCAAGGCCUCCCUUCCUCUACAUCCACCCUGCCCCGUUUAUCUUCCACCACCUCAGCCGCUCCCCCGUACUCUUCCUAUGCCACCACAAAGCGCUCCUCACUCCCUUUCUCCUCUGAGGGUAAGGAGUCUGUCACUCUGGGAGCCCUGAAAUAAAAGAUAUUCCAUGUUUCAUAUGGUGUGAAUGAAUCUUCUAUGCAGUGUUAGUCUUAGUUUUCACAGCUUCAAAACCUUUUUGUAAAAGCGAGGCCUUUUGGGGCCUUUUUGUAAAAAGGGAUGUGAGGAGAACAAAUACACAGUGAAGGAUGAACUCAGAAAUAUUCUUCCAAAUUCAAACUAAUUUUAAAAGCUGUGAAUCUCAGGAUAUCUGUGCCUCCUCUUAAAGACGGAGCACUGCAGACACAAUCAAAUUAAAAGAUGUUUGUAAAGAAUACAGAGUAACUUAUUAUCUAUUUGUGCUUUGAUAUUGUGCAUCGUUGUAAUAUUACACCAUCUCUAAUUUGUCUCAUACUGAAAAAAAAACCCUUGUUUAACAGAAUUUUUG